UGUGUCUUUUGUAAGCUCAUCCACUGACUGUGUCGCGCUGUUUUCCAACACAAUUGUCGGCGGCAGCGGAGUCAAACAUGUCCACAAACAUGCCGCCGAGCAGCCUGAACCUGGAGUCCCAGCUUUUGUCCAUAAUGGACGUGCUAGUGAAAGCGGCGGUGGCGGAAAUCAGUCAGCUGUUCUCGGAGAGCUCGGCGUCUCUGCGCCUGCAUUUAACCCAGAGCCUGAAGGAAAACGAAACCCUGAGGAUGAGGAUGAAGGUGAUGAGGAGCGAGCUCUUCUCCCUCAGGCUGCAGACCAGGACGAACCGGCCGGCGAGCCGCUUCUCUCCGGUCAGAGGAAAUAUCCCCAAACCACGGGCUAAAUCACAAGUUGUCAUUAAGCCACCAGUGGCUCAAAAGUCUGUUGGGGAGCCUGUUUCUGUUUCUCUACAAUCAGAAAACAAGACUUCCUCCUCUGCUGCUCAAGUGCAGUGCACAGAUGUGGAGAGUCCAGAUGUCAUCCUGAUCAAAGAUGAAGACGAUGUUGGAGGAUGCGGGACAGUUGUAGGUCAGGAUGACUUUGGAAGCCACGGUGCGCAGGGAGGUGUUACCACAGGGACUCAGAAUUUAGAACCUGCUGGUUCUCCCUGCUUGACAGGUGAUAACGAAGAGCUGAGAAUCGUGAGUGUUCACGGCCGAGGAGAGGGGCCUCUGCAGGAGGAGAGCGACGCCCUCUUCACUGCCUCUGAACUCCAGGCUUUUAGCUCUCUGUCUCCAGACCACAGCGGCACCCACGACGGUCUCCUCAAUUUCACCACUGGCGCCAAUGACAGAGCACCGGUGAGAGUGAUGCAGGAUAACAGUGUUGGAUUGGUGAGAAACAGUCAGCUGGAAAGAAAUCAUCCCAAUCAAAUGGCUCCAGCAACAAUGAAUUCUCCAAUAAAAACGACAAUAGUAGGAGCUGAUGGUCUAGUGGAACACCCCAGUCACAUAAGCCAGUUCCCCCAGCAGCAGAGCGUCUUCCCUCAUGCUGUCAACAAAUCCCUGGACUGCAGCUUCUGUGGCGAGCGCUUCCUCAGCCGUGAAGACCUGAUCGUUCACCGGGCAAGUCACACCGGAGAGUCGCCUGUUCCUUGUUCCCUGUGCGGCAAGUCAUUCGUCAACAAGACCACGCUGAGCAUCCACAUGCGCAUUCACACCGGCGAGAAGCCGUACGCCUGUCCUCAGUGUGGGAAACGCUUCACGCAGAACGGCAGCCUGAAGAUCCACCUGAGGACUCACUCCGGAGAGAAGCCGUACACCUGCAAUCAGUGCACUGCCAGCUUCAACAACCCCAGCAACCUGCGCAGACACAUGAUCACACACAACACCAACGGGGCGCUCUGACUAUGACUGAUGAAAAGAGUUCAAGGUUUUUAACAUGGAGACAUUUUUUAGUCUGUUGCGUUUAAUGACACUUAUGCCACUAUGUAUAUUUUGGGAAAAUAUGUUUGUCAUAGGUCAAAUGUGCUUAAUAACCUACAAACACAUCAGUGUACGUCUUGACAACUUCCCACUAAAGUCAGUGGAGUGAACACGCGUGAUCUCUGUUCAGGGAGAUGAGACUUACAUUCCUUUUAAUUCUAGGAAAACCAGCAAUAGGAAAACAACAUUCAAAAACGAAAUGCCUUUUUUUUUUAAACUAUCCUCCAUGGCCACAGAGACUGAAUUUCACAGAGUUUUUAUACUAUUUGAAAAUUAGAUAAACUUUAAUUUAACUAUAUAAUAAUGCUACAUUUUUUUAAAACCAUGACUUCACCAACUCUACAUUACACAUCUAUAGCACAACACUAGACUGCUACAUGAAUGGCAGAUUAGGAUGUUAAAAUGAACAGAAACAUGCACAGUGACAGUGAAAUAAAAAGGAAACUACAGUUUUGGAUGAGAAAUAUGGAAACGUUUUCUAUCGCUGUAUGUAGUUUUAUAUCAUGAUAUUGAUAUAUAUUGUGAUACAGUAAAUUUUGUGGAAACUCAAGAAAGGGAGUUCAUGUAUAAUGGUUGAGAAACUGUUUAU